AUCUAAUCUUCCUAAUUACAAGGGUAACUAGAGCUAAAAACAAAAAUGUACUUUUAUGUCAUUUUUACCCUUCUCAUCAUAUUUCUUACCCAAAUGAUUUACCUAUGGAUGAACCCUAAAUGUGAAGGCAAACUUCCUCCAGGUUCCUCAGGCUUCCCUUUCAUUGGAGAGACCCUUCAAUUAUUCAUUCCAAGCUACUCCCCUGAUGUUCAUCCAUUCAUUAAGAAAAAAAUCCAAAGACACGGGUUGUUGUUUCGUAUAAACGUUGUUGGCCACAAUGUGGUGGUAUCAGCCGAUCAAGAAUUUAACCGUUAUAUUUUUCAGCAAGAAGAGAAAUUGGUCGUCCAUUGGUACCUCGAUUUGUUUGCCAAGGUUUUCGAACAGGAAUUUAGACCCGACGGUCUCACUAUUCAUAAGUACACAAGGAAUUUGGUCUUAAACCAUUUUGGCUCUGAGAGUAUUAGGCAAAAACUGCUUUCCGAGUUUGAAGAGAUUGCUCGCAAACACAUUCACUCAUGGUGCACGCAAGACUCGGUUGAAGUGGAACGUGCUUCAAUUGUUAUGUUUGCUGAACUUUGCGGGAAACAUCUGUAUACUCAUGGUGGUGAGAGCUCAGAAGAUUUUGCAGAUUUGUUCAUCAAACUCAGUAGAGCUGCGAUGUCGUUUCCUUUGAACAUUCCUGGUACAACAUUUCACAAAUGUCUCAAGGACAAGGAAAAAGCGUUAGACACGGUAAGGAAAAUCGUGAUUGAAAGGAUUGCUUCGCCUCGGAAUAAUCAUGGCGACGUGCUCGAUGAGAUGGUCAACGACAUGAAGACCGUUAAAUUUCUCACGCCGGAAUAUAUUGCACAGUUCUUAUUUUCACUGUCAUUUGCCGCAUUUCAGACAAUCUCCGGCAUGCUGACGCAUGCGGUAAACUUCGUAACACAAAAUCCGGCGGUUCUUCAGGAGUUAAUUGUAGUUAAUGAGACUCUGAGAUUGGGAAAUACUGCUCCUGGAUUUUUAAGGAGAGCUGAUGUUGGACUAGAAUUUAUUAGCAAGAAUUUGAAGCCCUUUGGUGGAGGUAUAAAGCAGUGUGCAGGUGCAGACCUUGCUCGGGCUUCCAUGAGCAUUUUCCUUCAUAUUUUAGUUACCCAAUACAGGUGGGCUAUAGUUAAAGGAGGUGUUAUAGUUCAGAAUCCACUGCGACACUUCAAAGAUGGACUUCACAUCCGUGUUUUCCAGAGACAAAAUUGAGAUCAGCACCAUAUAUAUUUAUAUUUAUGCUGACAAUUUCGAAUAUUUUAUGUCUUCUCUAUGAAAUAAUAUGCAUUAUAGACAUCGAAUAAUAAUGCAUCUCAUGUAUGAAUAUUGUGUCUUUUCUAUGAAAUAAUAUGCAUUAUAGACAUUGAAUAAUAAUUCAUCUCAAGUAUGA